AUGUGUGCUGUGCAGCUGGGAGGGCCUUCGUGGAGGGUUCUUCUUGGGCGGAGGGACUCGACGACGGCGAGCCUAUCUCUGGCCAACAGCGACCUGCCAGCGCCGUCCCUGGACCUGGCCAACCUCACGGCCGCGUUCGCCAAGAAGCGGCUCAGCAGGACCGACCUGGUCGCUCUGUCAGGCGCGCACACCAUCGGCCUGUCGCAGUGCAAGAACUUCCGGGCGCACAUAUACAACGACACCAACGUGAACGCGGCGUUCGCGACGCUGCGCAAGGUCAGCUGCCCCGCGGUGGCCGGCCACGGCGACGGCAACCUGGCGCCGCUAGACACCGCCACGUCCGUCGCGGUCGACAACGCCUACUACACAAACCUGCUGGCGCAGAACGGGCUGCUGCACUCCGACCAGCAGCUCUUCAACGGUGGCGCCAUGGACGGCCUGGUCCGCACGUACGCGUCCACGCCGACGAGGUUCAGCAGGGACUUCGCGGCUACCGGCCUGUACCGCUGUACGUACGUCCCAAGUGAUCCGACGAUCCAACACUAG